UCUCCUCCCCUCCUCCCCUCCUGCCCUGACACACGGAAGCUCAGUGGCCCCAACGCCAGGAUGUCGGACGCCUGGGUCCUCCGCCUCUUACCCUCCUUGCUGCUCGGCCUGCUGGCCGGCCUCCAACAGGCUGCAGCCAGAUGUGGCCCCUUAAGCUCCUGCCCUGAAGGAUUCAGGUGCUGCGGGAACACCUGCUGCCGCCAGGAGUAUGACCUCUUCUCCGGUCCCUUUAGGAUCUUCAUCAUCAUCUUCCUGACCUUGAUGCCCGUCGUGUGCAUCUGCGGCCUGGCUAAGCGCUUCUGCCGCAGCUGCCAAGAGCAGGAGCCGGACCCCCGGAUGGAUCCCACGAGGCCCCCAGAGCGGCCCACCGUCAUCCCCACAGAGAGGGUCACCGGGGUGCCCAUCCCUGAGCCCCCACCCUCCUACAGUGAGAUUAUUCUGAAGCCAGACCUGGGCCUGCCCCCCAUGGAGCCGCCCCCUCCCUACAGCCCCAGGCCUGAAGAACAUUCUGGGGUCCCCAGGGGCAUUGACAACCCAGCCUUCUGAACCACCUCCUGCCUGGAAUCCUGCCUCGGCCACCUCUUUCCUGACACCUCCUGGAUCAAGCCAGAGAGGCCUGGGGCCCCCGGAACGCCCCCGCCCAGCCUGCUACCUCGCUGGAUUUAACUUAUUGCUUCUCCUGCCCCUGUCCCACCCCAGCUGUCUCUCUUGUCCCAAAUGCUGGGCUUGAGCAACAGUGUCCAGCCACCACCCCCAACCCAAGUAAGAGGCUGCCAAGAGGAAAGUGUCAGCGGGUGUAGGGGACUGGCAGUAAGUUGGGCUGCUCUGAGGGGUGGAGAGCGCCCCGCUUCUCAACCGGACAGCGGCUCUGAGAUGUGAAGAUUACGUACCGUGGAGAUCCGACCGUGUGCGCGCUGAGCCAUCUCCAGUUCUACCAGAAUAGAGCAGGCCCCAUUCUAUCCCACCCUACCCCCCCACAUGUACUCACUAAAUUAGCUCGUUGCUGCUGCUGCUAAUCUGCCUCUGGCUAUGUGUGCAGGUGAGCCCAGACUCUGCUGGGAAACUGGGGGGUUAGGGGGUGCCAUUCUGCGCCCCAAAUCCCACCAAGAUGAGUCUUCAGGGAUCACGUUGACAAUAAGCCUGGGAAGACAGUACAUCCGUGGGCCACCCUCCAGGAGAGGAUCUUUACAGAUGCUUUGACUUCCAGUUCCUUGAGGUCUCUGGGUGCUCAGGAGCCUGGACAGGCUGCUGGGGAUGGGGUGGGAGUGACCAGUGUGUGCUUCCACACCCCAUCCUCCCACUGUGUCCUGGGGAGACAGAGCUGCACUCCCUGACUCUCCCAUGGGGGAGGGGAGCAAGGAGGCCGGCCCUCUGUAGGGCUGGGCCUCCCCGAGAUCAGCCCCACCCUGGAAUCUCCUGGAGGGCAGACCCGCCCUUUUCUUCCAGUCCCAUCUGUGCGCUUAACCCUUAAGAGGAAAGCAUGGCAGCACGGGGUCUGGCUGGGGCCUGGGUCCCAGGGAGUCUGUAGCAGAGUGUGGAGUUGAGAGCCUAGCAUGGCACAGGCAGCGUGAGAGAGAGCAUGCCCAUGUCUCGGGGCUCCAGCAGGGCUGGGCUCCUCCUCUGCACGCUGACCUUGCAGCCCAGGAAUGCUGGCCUCCCUCCACAGGCAGAGGGCAGGCGGCAGCGCUGGCCAAGCUCCUGGGAGGACCCGAGGUGGAACUGGCCCUGGUGUGCUGGCCAGGACCUAGCCUUACCCAGCCUUGGGGCAUCAGGACCCAGGCAGGGGGUGGGGGGCAGGGGGCAUGGCACAGCCAGCCCCCACAAGGCCGGGAACAGGCUGUCUGGCCGAGAGUUCCUGCUUGCCACGGCCUCAGCGGGAGCACAGUUGUAAGGAAGUUUUUUACUUUGUAUGCUUUGUCAUUGUCUGUAUUUUUAUCAUGAGCAAGAUGGCUUUUACAAAUUUAAAGAAAGAUUCCUUUCAUGGAAUCAGCUUUGGAAGUUAAUAAAGGCUCACCUUGUGAACUUUGA